AUGUCUGCCGAACAAACCGUUGACGACGUGGAACCGCCCUCGCAGUGUAUAAAACUAGUUAUUGCACGCUUCGGUGAUGCCGAUAUAGUCUCGCUCGAUAUACCGCUUAACAUCAUUCGGGCGAACUCCUGCCGUCCGCACAAGUACUUGCGGUAUAUCGCCGUAUACAUUACUGGUCUCUUUCGAGGGACCGUCCACCCCGGGUCAGAUGAAGAUUCGAAUCUUGAAGUCGGUACGGUAUACGAAUUUUGUACGCCGCCUGGUGUCUCCCCUUUGAGAAGCCCUGUUGAUCUGGAAGCUUUUGCGAGACGAACCAGCAUGGCUACAAGCACGACGGCUCACAGCAUAUUCAAAGAACCUAUCGUAGAGCGAGAUCUGGCUUACAUAUUUACGGGAUUCUCAUCAGUACUGUGUGAGGCGGCACACAUCUUUCCCCAUGCUAGGGGGACAGAGUGGCUGAAGAUGAUCGUGCGAGAUCGACAACAGGAAGGAGAUCGGACUGACGAUUGGCUCGAUGCGGACGAUAUGGACAUAGAUGACGUCCGAAAUGGUAUGAUGCUCAAUCCCACUCUACAUGUGGCAUUCGAUCGCCAUUUGUUGGCUGUCAUGGUGGCGAGUUACUCGCCUGUGUCGUCUUCACAUGCACUCAUGUAUAAAGACGCCGAAUCGCGUUCUAUCAACCGAUGAUAUACCUCGAACCUCCCGUCCCACGCUUCUCCCGCAUGCUGACGUUCCGCCCGAAGUGCGAUUCACUUCCCAAGAGUUGUUUCCACUGUCUAUGGGGUUGACCAAUAACACCGACGCAGCAUUCCGCGAGGGUACCCCAAGCAGCGACUAUCCGUCUGCAUUGUUACUUCAUUUGCACUAUGCGGCUUCUCUUUUGAUGCAUUUCAGUCACAACUUACAAAGGUACAAGAAGAUAGCCACAUUCCAUCGUAUGCCGGCACGUCUAGCAUCCGAACAGGAACCACACAAAGAAGCUCUCGGCUACGGGCUAAUAGAAGACAGUGUCAUGGAGGAAGACGAGCCAAUCAGUCCCGAACACAUAAUGUACCUCUUCUGGUGUCAGGACUCUAUUCGCCAGAAGGCGAAUUCUUUAGAAGACUGGCGCAAAAAUGUGGCUGAAGACUUCCGAUCUGCAAAGGAUGGAUGAUACUCUCACGGAUGGGGUUGCGACGGAGUACAUCGCGCCAAGCAAAGACAGAGCAAGCCAUCCGGUCCUCAUUCAACCUCCAUUUGCAGCCGGAGAUUAGUUCGGAGCCCUCCGAGUUAUCCGCAGCAAGACUGCCCUAUAUACGCUCAAAACUGCUGCCUGCGUCGGCGAGGCUGAAGCAAUCAUCCCGAGUGUUCACUUCCCUCCUUGUAACUGGACCGACACGCUCCCCAUAUUACUUUGCCCUACAACCUGCAGGCCAACGGCACCCCGUACGUCGAUCGAGGACUAUUAUGAUAUCGGGCUCCCGAACAGCGCGGGCGCAGCCCUCAACAUCGAGGGGAAGUUCCACGCAAACACCGCCCACGUGGAAAUGGCUGCAAAUGAACAAUAGAAGGAUAGCCUGUUCUGGAACUUUGCGAGGAGGGAAUACGAUGCAGAUGUGCUCAGUCUGGGGAGGCCGAGGAUCCAAGCACUCGUGUGAAUGAGCCUGAUGUUCCUGGAGUAAACCAGAAGCUCCUCCCGGCGCGCAAGAGCUCUCGAUGGGGCAUUGUCAGGAGCGUCGGAGAUUCUCUGCCAACAUGUGCACAGGAAUCGAAUUUGACCAGAGGUUUUCUGUGCAUGAAAAGGAUUCAGUUUGUGGCUGGCGCUGACAGUUUCAUUCAGAACGAUUGACAACCGUGGUAG